AGACGUAUGCGAGCGCUUUAGAACGUUGUUUGCAAUCGCGGAAAGUGGCAACGGGAAAUCAGUGACGACAGCUAUAGCACCGCCAACAGCAACCAUAACAUAAUAGUGCCAGAGUAUAGCCACUGUCAACGGCCGCAUCCACAGCCACAACCGGAGUCAGAAUCAGCAAAAAAGCAAAUCAAAAAAAGAAAAAUAAAUAUAUAUAAAAAAAAAAACACACACACACACACACUCAGACAAAUAAAUACAAGCAACGGCAACAGCACAGGAGACACCAAUUCAAUUAAAGGCAAACACACACACACACACACAACUACAGAUGGUCCUUGGAUAAUAAGAAAGAAAAAAAAAAGAAAAAAAAUGACAAGCAAACAAAGAUAAAAUUUUGCGAUUACACAUAAUUGCGAUUCGGUGAGCAGGCGCAUUCAAUCAAGCAACCAACCCACUCAUUAAGCAAUCGGGGGAAAAAAAACUGCACCUUUAAUACGAUAGAAAAAUAUUUUAUAAAAGAUUUUUUGCCAUUUUUUUUUACCGUUUGCUCUUAAAUGACAAACAAAAAGUGUUCAUGUAGUUAAGUGUGCUCCAAACAAAUCUUCAAAUCUGAAAGCGAAUAGUCAAAUGCUAAAAACAAACGACAGCGCUACUAAGUAAUUUACUAGCUACGUGCAAUAAAUUAUAAAUAAAUUCUAAACAAUAAUUAAAAAGUAUAUAUUAAAUAAACCCAGGGACAUCAAUUGCGGACAAAAGGGAUAGGUCAAUUUCAUAUUAUAAAUAAUUGCAUCGAGUUUUCACGAUUUGCCCACGGCGGCGGGCGAUUUUGACAAGUUUUUGGUGGAACGGACAACAAAACACGAUUUUUUUUUUGUGACAAGAGUAAAAAAAGUGAAUUUAUUUUUGUGAAACUCAAACAAGAAAUAAAAAAGUCAUUUAUAAGGAAGUGCGCAAGAAAGUGGGCGACAAAUUAGUCGCAGCGAAGCGGGGCAGCAAGUGCAUUGUGCAGCGCGAAAUGAUGCCCCAAUAUCGACUCGACCUGCACACUGACGUCAGCCUGGCCACAUCUAGUCCCGCUUGCCCCCCACUGCCAUACAACACAAUCUCUGCCUCAGUCACAGCGACAGCAACAGCAACAGCAACAGCAACUGCAACAGCUUUAGCUUUUAGAUCAAGUUAAAGACAAGGCACACAAUUAGCAGAAUUAGCGCCAGCAAUUAGAACGAUAAAUUCUGUGAAGCUUCUUAGCAAUUGUGACAAUCGUAUGUGAGUGAAAAAUUUUAUUAGACGUGUCAACCAACAAAAAAAAAAAAACGUACCAGAAGGCGUUCAGAGAAGUUCCCUUUGGUCGGUAGAGUGCCAAAGCCAACGCCCAAACUUACGUCCACGUCAGUGCAACCGCCGUCAUGUGGUAUACAAUCGCUUAUGUGGUCAUCAUCAUAGUCCAGCUUUGUGAAUUGGUCCACGCCGCUGGUGAAGCUGAUUAUACCCUCGAUGAUUCAUUUUGGAAUGAAGAAAGUCCUGUUGGUGAAGUGGAACGCCUGCUCAAAGAGUAUCGACAAAAUCAGGAACUUGUGCGUCGUAUCGGUGGACAUUAUUAUCAAAUUAUUUAUCCUGUACAGCUGCGUCAUCACGAAAAGAUGGGAAUUUCGACGCGUGAAGUUAGUCCCCCAAAGCCGGGACAACGCCCACGUCCACACGAUGACAGCGUUUUUAGCAGAGGCAGAACAAAGAAACAUUUUCAUCGUACCUCACUGCUUAUCAAGGCAUUUAAUCACAAAUUCCGAUUGGAUUUGGAAUUAAAUUCACAACUACUCUCACCUAACAUACAACAGAAACACUAUCACGUCGGUGGAUACCUGGUGGAUGGCAACCGACAUGACAUCGAACACUGUUACUAUCAUGGUACAGUCAAGGAUUAUCCUGGUGCCAGUGCUGCCUUUCAUACUUGCAACGGCGUCAGCGGCGUCAUACACAUUGGCAACGAGACCUUUGUCAUACAUCCCUUUUACGGCGGUGAUCUGUCGAAACAUCCGCAUGUGAUUUUCGAAGCACGCACCAAGGCGAACAAGGGUUGUGCAAACUCUGGAAAUUUGGACUCGUGGCGUUUAUCGCGACGCACUAAACACUUGUCGGCGGGCGUUGUUGACGAGAUACAUCCCAAUGGUGCUGGCCGUUAUAAGCGGGAUGUGCGCGAGGCGACCAAAUACAUUGAAACGGCCAUCAUAGUCGACAAGGCCAUGUUCGAGAAACGUAAUGGUAGCACGCGCGCCGAAGUCAUCCACGAUGCCAUACAGGUGGCCAAUAUAGCGGAUUUGUACUUUCGUACGCUGAAUACACGCGUUUCGGUGGUGUACAUUGAGACGUGGGGCAAGAACCAGGCGGCCAUUGAUGGCAGCAAGGACAUUAGCAAGGCCAUUUCCAACUUUAAUGACUACACCUCAAGAAAUCUAUUUCAAAUCGAACGGGAUACGACACAGCUACUAACCGGAGAAACAUUUGCCGGUGGCGAGGCCGGCAUGGCCGUACCCGAGACAGUCUGCACACCCCGUGCCGUUGGCAUCAGUGUCGAUGUCAAUGUGUAUGAGCCGCACCUUUUGGCUGGCACAAUGGCGCAUAUGAUUGGGCACAAUAUUGGGAUGGGCCACGAUGAUGGCCGUGAGGAAUGUUUCUGCAGGGACUGGCAUGGUUGCAUUAUGGCGCAGUCAAUAGUCGGCCAGGAAAAUGUGCAGCCAUACAAGUUCUCCGAAUGCAGCAAAAAGGAUUACAUUGACGCAUUGCGCACAGGCCAUGGGCUUUGUUUGCUCAACAAGCCCAACGAGAUUGAGCUGCGUCGGAACUGUGGCAACAAAGUCAUCGAGGAGGAUGAGGAAUGCGAUUGUGGCACGUUCGAGGAAUGCGCAUUAGAUCCCUGCUGCGAUGGCAUCACAUGUAAGCUGAAGUCGGAAGCACAGUGCGCCAGUGGCGCCUGCUGCGACCAAUGCCGACUGCGACCCAAGGAUUACGUAUGCCGCGACUCUCACAAUGAAUGCGAUUUGCCCGAGUAUUGCGAUGGGGAGGUGGGCCAAUGCCCCAGUGACAUCUACAAGAAGAACGGCUCUCCCUGCGGCCUGAGCAAGUCGGGUAUAUCAGGCUAUUGUUUCCAGGGCUAUUGCCCAACUCUUACCCUACAAUGUGAGGCUAUUUGGGGCUACGGCGGCUUUGCAGCUGAUCGUCAAUGCUACGAACAGUUCAACUCAAAGGGUUCCAUUAACGGUCACUGUGGUCGCGACGCCAACGAGCACUACAUCAAAUGUGAGCCAGAGAAUGUACAAUGCGGCACGCUGCAGUGCAAGGAGGGCGAACGGCAGCCAGUUAACGAUGGGAUUGACCAGCUUUACUCGCGUACAAUUAUCUCUAUCAAGGGGCAGGAAUACGAAUGCAAAGCAACCAGCGGACAAGUGGGCUCAAAUAGCUAUCCGGAGCAUGGACUGGUCAAGGAUGGAACGCCAUGCGGCGAUAAUUUGAUUUGCCUUAACCAAACAUGCGUCAGUCUCUUUCCGCAUGUGGAUCAAACCAAGUGCCCAACAAAUAAGCAGGGUCAAGAAUGCUCAGAGCGCGGUUUCUGUACCAACGCAAAUCGUUGCUUUUGCGAUAUGGGCUGGGGCGGAACGGAUUGCAGUACGGUUGUGCUGCUGACGACGCCACUGCCAACGGAAGCAUUGCCAACGCCGGAGAAUACAAUCAAAAUGGAGAAGAAAGAAACUCCAUAUGAGAACUACCACGGCUCAAAUACAGUGUUCCUAGUCGGUGUUCUAAUGUCAGUUGUAGGGUUCGUUUUUAUAACAUUCACCUUGAUGGCAUUGUGCUACAGGUCAGUUGUAGUACAUAGAAACUUCUCCCUGUGUCUGAGACGCAAGACAACCACCCUUAAGUACGAUCCGCCGUUCUCAAAGAAACCCAUCCCCAAGGGUUAUGGCGGUGCGGCAACCGCGCCGAACCAUCAUUCCGUCGAGGAGGUAUCCUUAGAUGGCUCCAGCAAAUUGGUGUACGCCAAUCAGGCCGGAUUCAGGGAUAAGAACUUACACGGACGUCGCUAUACGACGGGUGGUGAGGACGACCAAUCUCAUGCAGAGAAGGGCAUACUGAAGAAGCAUGGCUAUGGACUUGUGCAUGGCGAGCAGCUAAAAGACAAGUGGUGCGAUGACAGCCAGUCGGACAAUCUUGAGCUGAUUACACAGGAUGGCACACAGACAUCCACAAUUGGUGGUGCUGCCGCUUCAGAAGUGGAGCGCACGCUUAAAUCGCUCAACGGUUAUCACGAAGACAUUUUGGAGGCAUUGCGUAAUGCGGCGUCGCAUCGUGGCACCGGCACUGGCAACACACCAGUUGGCAGCGGCAGCCUGAGUGAGGAAAUGUUACGCAAAACACUGCAGGAAUGCGGCAGCGCCCAGCUGGCCUACUCUGUGGAGCCGUACAAACGGGCGAGCGGCUCCAAGUCGAGCUCGCGCGAGAACAUUUGCGACAGUGCCGCCGCCCACGCCAUUUUGCUAGAUGGUAGUGGCUCCGCCCUAGGCGGCUUGUCCCUGGGCGCUGAUUUGAGCGGCGUACGGGGUGUGGGUGGCGGUAUUGGUGGUGGUGUUGGUGGCUCUGUUGGCGUAACCAAUGCCAUUGGCCAUGGCGGUGCACUGAUGCAUCAUCAUCGAUCGCAACAUCAAUUGCAUCAGCCAACUGGAAUGGCACUGCAACAGCAGCCAACUGAUGAGGAUGAUGCCCCAUCAACUGGGCCGCUGCGUAUACGCAAUCUGGAGGACCUCAUCCGGCAGCUGGAGCAUCACUCGUCGCGUCACAUGAGCCCCAGUGGCUCCGAAGACAUACGCAUGUCGGAAACGGAGGGCGAUCGUCACUAUAGAUUAGAUAGUUCCGCCGCUUGUAGUGAGUCCUCGCAAGGCUCGAAUCAGCAAGCAGCUCAAACUCAGAAAACCGCUACAAUCCACCCGUCUUACAGCAGCCGUUGUCGGCCCCGCUCUGACGAGGACCCGCGCUUUGCCUAUGGCGGACGUUACCGCCAGCCGGCGCCCACUGGCCGACACACAACGCAUCCGUCGCACUCUCCGCACGCAUUCGGACACCACACGCACCAUUCGCAUGCCCAUGGCCAUGCCACACACGGCCCACACUCAUCGCACCACUCGUCGCACACGCAUCUGCACCAGGAUGAUGAGGGCAUAUACGAAAGCGCUGAUCACCAUGAGCGCGGCGCGCUCGACACACGACUCGAUCCACAGGAGACGCCCGAGAGUGAGAGUGAUGACUUUAUUCAAGCUCAACAACAGUUAGCCCGGUGGGCGAGUGAGGAUGUGGUAUCCGUCGUGGUAUUGGACCAGCCGCAAUCCGGCACAAUGUCGGAUUCCCAACCAUCCAGCGGCGUCGCGCCCAUAUCGGGAGCUACAACGAACAACGUUAUGCACCAUCAGCAUCCGCACCAGCACCACGGCGAUCAUCAAUCCUCCGCAGCGGCAGCAGCGGCGGCGGCGGCAGCGGCAGCCAACAGCAACUCUAUAAUGGGUAUGGCAGUCGUCCCAAAUGGUAUAAAUGUAAGUCAGAGGGACUACUACCCCUCGCCACCCUCAACGGAGACGGAAAGCAGUGGAAGUGUUAUCCAGCCACCUACACGCCGCACGUUGCAGUCACAAUCGGCAGACACGGCAGCCAUAAGUCAACAGCAAUUGCAACUUCACCAGUUGCAAUUGCAUCAGCAUCAGCAAUAUCAGCUUCAUCAUCAGCAGCCGCAGCAGCAGCAGCUUCAGCAACAAUCAGUCGAUACCAGCAGCAGCAACAACAGUCAAUCCGGUCAAAUAAUCGAGAAUGGCUGCUACCCGGAAUAUAAGCAUUGACAGUUCAAACAGCUUUAGCUUCACCCGCAUCCCCAAUCCGCCAGCAUUCUACCACAAAGCUGCACCAUUUUCUAGCCAAUCCCGAUUGGCAGGCGCUGGCAGAGGCAGGCAAGCAUUCAAAUCAUACGAUUCUGUCAGACUAUUAGUACUCGCUGUACUUUAGCAUAUGCUUACAUAGUUUAAAAAACAAAAAAUAACCAAAAGAAACCAAAAAA